UUUCGUUCAGUUAAUUUUUAAGAAAAUCCAUUCAACCGCAAAACUGGCCACAAUGUUAUUCGCGAUGGUUGUCUUGACGACAACCAACCAGUGUAAACAAAAACAUAACUAGAAAAGUAUUGCCGCUAGAGAAAAUGGGCCGAUGCACUAAACGUCGUAGAGCUGCCUUGCAGCGGGAAAUCAAAAAGAAAGCGAAACGCGAUGUUCCUGAUCCCUUGAUUUGGGCUGUGACAGAUCCGUGGAGGAUUACUUCAAGAGGUGACUGUGAAGAACAAAAUGCAGCCCUGAACGACAUUCUUGCAUCAGAAGAGCAUACAGCGGAACACUCAUUCUCGGAAGCAGAAGACGCCAACAUUAUUUUCGACGUACCGGAGAUACCGGAAUUGCCAUUGUGCCCGUGUACGCAAAUGGGAAAUGCCAUAGUGCCAAUGUCGCUGGAUCCGUUACCGUUAAUGCCAGAAAUCGCCUUGCCAAACGAAUUGCAUUCCGCUGCAUUCAUUCAAAUCAGCGAAGGCAAGGACAAAUCGAAUCAUGUCGUGAACGAUUUUUUUCAAAAGCAUAUUUCUAAGCAGAUAACCGAUUUCUUCGAGCAGUACUUAAAUAACAAAAUCUACAUCAAGGCAGAGGCAAAGCUACCGAGGCUGGAGUUCUGCGUUGCCAAGGCAUGGUAUGAUGUUCCGGAAGACAUAAGGAAAAAUAAAGUUGCCAAUUCGCCAAAAACUACUUGUUCUGGCAGGCCAUAUGCCAAUGCGGUGAACGUAAAGCGUACAUCACAACAGGUACCAUGA